AUGGACGGCACGCCGAGCGAACUACAUGAUGACGAGGUCAUUGCGGAUAGCGAGGAUGAGAUGGAGGGAGUUUCGAGGCCUACCGGAGAUGCAAUACCUGGUUAUGACCCCACAUCGUCUGUCUCCGCGUUUACUAUGACAAGCCUUGCACCUGGAGCAAAGGCUAUUUCUUCGAUAUCCGAAUUCACAGCGGAGCUGUCGCAUACUAAUUUCAAUAACCGACCCAAGCAAGCUCCUCGAAAUAACACCGACACAUCCACUUCCACCGCAUUCACCACCCCUCAAUACGACGAUCUUGGUCCCACUGGCACUAUUGCAGACAGGGCCAAAACGCGCCAGCGGACACAGUCGAAAUCCAAGGGCGUCUUUUGUGACGUUAUCGAGCUUACCUCGGAUGAAGAUGACGAACUCGGCCUCAAGCCAUCCACCUCGAAGAAGGCAAAGAUGUCACCUAAAGUGAAAACCAAAACUACAUCUAAACCGAAAGCAAAGGAGAAAGAGACCCCCGUUACUUCAAAAGCUGCCACUAUCUCCGACUCAACCACCGACCGACCUCCGAACGUACGCCCUCGCCCACGCCCUCGACCGAUCGUAAAACGUCCUAAAACAACUCACAAUAACGACAUCGCCGACCCUGGCGCUGUCUUCGCAUAUCCGUUUGCACGCAACCGGCCUCCGAGUGGACCCCCGAGUUCCACUCCCUCCUCUCAUACUGGCCCUGAAGUACCUAUAGCCACUUCUCCCUCAGUCAUGCCCCCUCCGCAUUAUGUAGGCAAGCCACCCCAAGUUACUAUCUCACAACUACCACCAUCAGACCCCCCGGGCUCGUCCCACCCAACAAGAUUUGGCGACGAAGAGGAUUUUGGAGGGUACGGAGAGCACGACAGGAACAGCAAUAGGGACCUCCCGCGUAUUGAGACGCUGGAGCCAGGACGAGGAUCGUCUCCUGAUUCUAUGUUCGACGAAAACGCCGAGGAGCUCAGACAGAUGAGGCAGAGUGGUCAACGCACGUCUCAGGAGGGCGUCGACGAACCCCAGACGUCAUCUUCCAAUGGUCUUGGUCGACGUAUGACAUACCAACAGAUACCAGAGACUAUGAUGCCACCCACUUUCUUCGCUGGCUCUUCUUCUUCCUCCAUUGGUGUCGCUCCAGGCCCAGAGCAUGAGGUGGUUGACCUAACGAUGUUUCCUACCCUGGACCCCACCGCAGCACAGCCAAAGGCUUCGAAGCCGAAGAAAUCCAAAAAGAAGAAAGAUACAGAGUUCAUCGACGUGGACAUGGAUCCGGACGCGUUCGCCAUGCCUCUACCCAUCCUAGACGAGGACGAGGCGGAUGAAGACUUUGAUCCUUCGGGAGAGGGUUCAGGGAAGAAGAAGGCAAAAUCUAAAGCUAAACCCAAGCCGAAGAAAGCAAAGGGGAAGGAAGGUCAAAAGGUAGUAGAGGUGGUAAUCACGUCGAAGAAAACAAAGGACAAGAAAAGCGAUGCUCAAAAGACGUCCAGCUCGACUGGCGCAGACAAAGGGCCUUCCAAAGCAACAGCCACCAAAGGAAAGGGCAAGCUACAAGACAAAGACACAUUCAAGAGCCGCGAGUUCAUUGAGGACUCCGACGAGGAUGCAGACCCUCUUCGCCUUACCAACGAUAACGCCUUCAUUGGAGCUGGACACGAUCAACCAGCUGUUGAGGAACGACGCCCAGAACUGCAACCUCAAUCGACGAAAUCAUCUUCCUCGUCUGCACCGUCUAGCUCGAGGUCCGUCACAGGCACGGCCCAAGAAACGAAAACAAAGAAGAAAGGGAACAAGAAAGGAGACCAGGGUUCUGCCCCUUCCGAUCCUGUCCUUGAGCCUCCUGGUACGACUUCCAACGUCGCUUCUUCGUCUGCCGGCCUAUCGUCAAGUUCUCGCUCUGCAUUAGACCGCACGAAGACUGCCUCAUCUUCUUCCCCUAAGGACCAGCUGGACACUGAAAUGCCAAAAGCCAAAGGGAAGACAACAUCGAAGAAGAGGAAGUCGAUCGUCGACUCUGAAGUGGAUGAUGAGUUCAGGGACGAGGCCCAAGAUGAAGAGGAGGCUGUGGGGAAGAAGAAACAGAAGAAAGGCAAGAAUGUUGUCUUGUCUGACGAGGAUGACAUCGUCGAAGUUGAGGUCCAGAAAGUGAAAUCGAAAUCGAAGUUGAAAGGCAAGGGCAAGGAAAAGCAGAAGGAGACGUCCAAAGAAUCUGUGAAGGAGAGGUCAACUAGCAACAACUUCAAGAAGGCGUCGAAGGUGGCCAUCUCGGAAGAGGAGGAUGCACAUCUUGACGAUGAAGGAGACUCGCUCAUAGAGCCUCCUCAUGAAGAAAGGCGGCCAACUCCCGAAGAGUCGGAGAAAGAGAAGAGGAAGGCGACCAAGGAAAAUGUCUCCCCGGCAGUGCCUGUGGCCUCGUCGAGAGUCUCUGCAACACCCCGGCCUUCAAGCAGCACGAGCAUCAAGCCUAAUCCCGAUGGUUCGACGCCGCUCUACGCGCGUUACGAAAUCGCCCCUCGCCGCAGCGGUCCCUCGAUGUCCGAGCUCAUCCGGCGCGCCAACUCAAUGCCCGGCUCGCCCUUCCCAACUCCCUCUGCAAGUUCCCCAUUCGUACGCAAGAACAGUAACGCCUCCAGCGCCCACCCCGGCACGCCCACUGCCACAACGUACUCGCCGUACAUGAAGUCAUCGCGCCGACUCCUCUCACGCAUAGCCCCUUUGCACCCCAACAGGAAGACGCCACCGCCUCCACCGCCGCCUCCUCCCCCAAGAAAGAAGACGAAGAAAGAGAUCGAGAUGGAAGAGAAAUGGGAGGAAGAGCUCGUAGAUAGCGUCGGCGGGCUGGAGGUGUGGGCUGCGAUGGAGGAAGGGGAGAGGAAGGAGAUAAGGAGGAUUAAGUUCGAGAGGGAGAGAGGCGGUUGGGAUGAUUAG